GCUGGUCUAUGGUGCUGCUGGGAAUUUUCAUGUCUAUGGGCGGACUGGCCUUGGGCAACCUCUUGAUGGAGUUUGUGAUGGAUGAUGCGGCGAGUCUCGAAGACAGGCAGUGGAUCUGGCUGCGAUAUGGCACUGCCUACCGUGCGCUCUACACGCUCUAUGAGAUUACGUUUGCAGGCAACUGGCCCACGAACGUGAGACCGGUGCUGGAAAAGGUCAGUCAUGUCUAUGUGAUCUUUUUCGUUCUGUACGUGACGGUCAUCGUGUUCGCGGUCAUACGAGUCAUUACGGCCAUCUUUCUCAAAGACACCCUGGACGCUGCCCACAACGACGCCGAGAACCUCAUUCUGGACAAGAUGAGGAAGAAGGCCGAGUAUGUCGGCAAGUUGGAGGCAGUUUUUCAAGCCAUCGACAAGUGCGGCGAUGGCAUGAUCUCAGAAGAGAGGCUGACGGAGAUUCUUUCCAAUCCAAAGGUUGCGGCCUAUUUUCAGACACUCGAGCUGGAUGUGCACGAGAGCCGAGCUUUGUUCCACAUCUUGGACAACGGUGACGGCGAGGUGACUCGGGAAGAGUUUAUCGAUGGAAUCCUACGAUGCAAAGGUGGUGCCAGAGCUAUCGACCAGAUCCAGAUGCAUGCUGAUCUGCGGCAGUUGGACAAGAAAGUCGUGAAGCUUGUAAAGUCCUUGCAGAAGUCGGAUGUCAUCAAGGGGAAGCGUCAGA